GAACAGUAGAAUGCUGCUAACUAAAUCUGGGUGUUUCUCCAAAAGGAAAAUGAACGUCCGUGGGGUAAGGCUCAUGUAAAGGCUACUGUUAUGCCCCUGUCUGCGCAUGUGCUGGGCAUUAGUGAAAGAUGCUAAACAGCUAAGCAUCACACAUUUUUGUUCACAUUAAAGUUUUCCCAAAAACCGUGGAUGAGAUCCUAAAAUGUACAUUCAGAUUGAAGGUACUUGGUGGAGACUACAGAAAUGUAUAUGAAAGUCUCUUUAGAGGUAGUCCUCUAAAACUAGUGAAGUCGUGCAAAAAAAUGACUUAGUAUGGUCAGGGAGGCCUGCUUCAGAGGUGUGCAUGGCUGUGUGCUCACUAGUGCUUGAGAUGGAACCUAGGCCCUCGCACAAGUGAGCAGCACACCAUACGUGUGUGUGCAGAGCCAUAGGAGAGCCCUAGGACAACUUGAAGUAUGUCACUCCCCGAGUACCAUUCAACCUUCCCCACCCCGCCGCCAUUUUUUUUAAUUUUAUUGGUUUGUUUGUUUGUUUAUUUUUUAAGACAGAAUCUCUCAUUGGCCUAGGAAGGUUUCUCCUGCAUUGGAAUUGCAAGUCUGUGCCACCAACCCUGUUUUGUAAAGAUGGCUUCUAGAAGUCAAAUUUAGGUUCUCGUAUAAAUCAAGCAUUCUGCAGUUGGCUUCUCUUCAGGUUCCUGGUCUGAAUUUAGUAUUUUUUUCAUAACUCAUGUGCAAGAGAUGUUAAGAGCUCCGAAGAGGUCCACCAGCGGCACAGACUGACCUGGUGUGACCAGAAUAUUCUGUGAACCUGGCUGUAGAAAUGGGAACAUAGCAAAUCACAUGAAUAAAGACAGUGUGUUUUGAAUGUGCCAUAGAACUCAUGAAUUGUGUGCCCUCCACUGUUAGUUAAUUUUCAAAGCAGUCUUCAAAUGUCGAAGUGUACUCAAUGAUCUAUUAAUUUCUGUAUAUGAUUGUAAAUUGCAAGAUAUGUUUCAGGAUAUCAUGAUUCUCAGUUUUCAUGUGGACCUUGUAGCUUUCUUAGAGCUAAACAUACAGUACCUUGUUACAGAAUAUCACAUUUUACUCUUUUUCUGAGCAUGGAUUCCUUUUCUCCAGAGAAAAACAGGCCUGCAAAUCUCUGGAAUAGAGACUUCCAUAGCUCAUUUGUAAAUAAACCCAACCUAAGUUGACACAAGGUUGUUUGUGGUCUAACUCUCACGUUAAUAAGAACAGUGGUUUUGGCACAGAGCUGUCAAUGUAUUUGAAGAUAUAUUAAUACAAACUAUGUAGUCACAUUACCUUUCCAAGUUCAGUGAAAUCUUGAAUACCAAACAUCUGACAUACCUCACAAAUUCAGGAAAGCAAGGAUGGACCUUCACAAGUGAUGCAAGUUUAAUCGGAUAAGUUCCAAACGAGUUUUAGGUCUUUAGUAUUGUAAAUAAUCAUUCUGUUUUUCUACUUACCUGUUUUUAUCAAGAUACAUUUCCAUGUGGAGUGACUUCAAAAUGCUUGAUUUCAUAGAGCCACUAGGUGGCAUCUUUGUAAAAGUGGAAGCACAUGAAAAGAAAUAGCCUAGGAGUAAAUGCAAGAUAGCAAGGUAGAUGAGUCGUUUUGAACAAGACCUAAGCAAGUGCACAGAUUUAGGAUGAAAAGUUAAAUUAAAAGCUUUAACACUUUUUAUUUUGUGAUUAAUACUAUUUUUCUAUUGCUAUUUUCAUUCAGGGGACAUUGACAUUUAUGUAGCCAAACAUGUUUAUGUAUUUGUGAGAGAGAAAGUGUGUGUGUGCGUGCGCGCGUGUUCGUGCACUUGCUUUUGCUAUGUUAGUAACCUAUGCAGAUAGACCACCUAAGUACAUUCUGUGUAAGGCUUUUUAAAAUUGAGCAUAGAAAGCAGAGUUCAUAGUACAUUAUCAAUAAGUUAUUAAGAUAUCACGCUAGACUUAACAGUGGAAAGAACAUGAAUUUUUCUGCUGCCUCUAUUCCUAACCCUGGUGUUUUCAUUCUGUCCCUAACAGGAGGCUAAUGAAUGAUAAAGCUUUGAAGGUGAAGGGGUGGGAAAGUGAUGUUAGUGAAGAGAUGAGAGUGGCUUUGUAGCAACAGGGUAUAAAAAAGACAACGACGAUUAUAAUGAGGGAGAUGGAUUUUACAACACGUUUUUAAUUUCACUAAACUUUACAUGCCAAAGGAUGUUAAAUAUAGCACGUAAUAAGUGUUUAAAAUCUGGGCUCUUGAUUCAGACCGAGUUUUAAUACUGGAUCUCAUUCAAUCUUUGUGUUUUUUCUUUUUCUUUUCUUUUUUUUCCAAUAGUACGGCAGUGCUAAUAGCAGUCCUUUAGUAGAGUUACUGCAUUGACUAUUGGAAAUACAGAUAAGUUGCUGUGCUUAGUGAUAAAACUUACUAAACAUUUGCUGUUUUUUGUGAGAUAACCACAUGAAAUUUGUUCAGGGAACAUAUUUGAUCUGUUCUCCAAAAUGUCUUAAGACUAAAGAAUUUGAUGAAAGAAAAAUAAAAGCUUUGCUUCUCCUGACUUAGAAAGCAGGGUAUUUGAGAGUUCUUCCUGUUCUUUCUGGGUGCCAGGAAGCUAAAGCACAAAAGCAAGUAGAUAUACAACAGUUGUAAACUUGUGUUCUUUUAUAAUCCCUGUCUCUCGGUGUUCAUAUUUGCAUUUUUAAAGAUGAUAACCUGUGAGCUUAGACUGCUUACAGGACUGCCUUUCCAAAAGUGUGAGAGAGCUCCCAGAGAGAGGUUAACUUCGAAUAAUCUUAGGGUCUCGGUUCCUGGCAGCCAACAAUUUCUACUUCUGGCUCCUCCGCUUUUGCUCUUGAUGGCUGGUUCCUUUGCAACUGCGCGGGGGCGGUGCCCUGGCGGAUGAAGCUGCCAGUUGCUAGGAUACACCAGCAACAGAACAUCUAAGCAGAAAGGAGCUGCUGAGGAGGACUGGGGAAACCUUUUGGUCGGUAAUAGCUGUUUUCUUGAGCAGGAAAAUGUCCGAUACGGAGGAGAAUGUCCUUGACUCCCCGGCCAGUGGUGAAGCGGCCGGCGAAGUCAUCAGUAUUCCUGGCCCUACAGACGAAGCAGAAGAGUCAGAUAUCUCACCAGAGCAAGAAUACGAAAUAGAGGGAUUUACCACCGAGAGUGAGGAGACAGUGGAGCACUACAGUGAUCUCAGUGUUUCAACCCCCAAAUCUUACGACUCCAAACCCAGGGACGAGGUCGUGUCCCUUGGAAGUGCCACAGACUCUCAUGAGCAAGAAUACAGACUUGGAGAUCUUGGAGGUGACCAGAGAUCAGAAGAGGACGAGAUGUCAUUUCUUUAUAAAAUCAAAGCUAUAAAGGAGAACUUGCAGUCGUCAGUGAAAGAGUGUAUAGCCACAGUAAAAAUUGUACUUAUUCCUGCAGGCCAGGAAAUUGUAAUGCCUUUCAGAGUUGAUGCUCCAUUUAGAUUCCUCAAGGAGCACUUUGCACACUUAUUACGUAUCCCCCAUCAUGUAUUGCAAAUGGCCUAUACAGGAAUCAGUGUUGGGAAUAAUGAGUCCCUGAUACAAUAUGGAGUCAAACCACGGGAAAUCGUUCAAAUGAAUGUAUUUUCCUCAGAACCCGACCAAUAUCCAGUCAGAAGAAUAGAGGGCUUGAGUGAGGGCUCCAAGAUCAUAACGGUCACCAUUCAGACCGGCAUCGAACGCUACGAGGAGGUAGCUGUGGAGAUAGUAAAAUCUGACUUCCACAAGCCAUUUCUUGGUGGAUUUAGACAUAAAAUAACAGGACUAGAAUACCACAAUGCUGGGACACAAACUGUACCCAAGAAGAUUCCGGAAAAAGACAAUCUGUUCUGUAGGGACACCCAGACAGUUUUUCAGAAAAAGAAGCUGCAACAAACUAUGAAUACCACCUCCACUCAGAUGACUAAAAUCGGUGUAUACGUAUCAAACAUGACUGAUAAACUGCUCACGCCAGGAAGUUACUUUUCAGCUGCAGAGUACCACGCUCGAAGGUUGAACGCGGUGAUAGUGAUUCAGACUGCCUACAGGCGAUGGCACGCUAAGUGCUAUGUCGACAGCCUAAGACUACAAAAGAAAAUGAGGUUGGAGUGGGAAAAAGAGGAAGAACUUAAGAAGAUCCGAGAGAAGGAAGAAUGGAUACGAAUGGACUAUUACCGGAGGCACAAUCCUAAAACAACCGAAGACUUUGAGCUCCUUUUCAAUGCUCUAGAACUUUGGCGUCAAGAAGAAGUCACACAAGUUGAGCAAUAUUCAAGUGAGGCUGAAAGGAAAGCUGCUCUGUGCGAGCUUUUGGAAAAAGAGACGCAGAUAAUUGCUUCCAUCGGGAGACAUAGAUACGUUGCUCAGUUGGAGAGACAGGAUGUAGCUACACAAGCUUUUCUGGAUAAGAUGAAUUUGAGAAUUGCACUUUCUAUGUCUUUGAAGAGUUGUGUUGGGAUUUUGAUGGAGAUUGCACUGAAUCUAUAGAUUGCCUUUGUGUUCAGCUUCAAAUACCUGGAGAAGACCUGAUGGACAAACCGUUGAAAUGGACACACAGUUCACAAUAAGAGCCAGAGAGCUGCAAAGCAUCUACAAGUGUAUCCUGCUGAAA